AUUUUCAGAUUUUGUCGAUCAAAAUGUCACAAAGCAUUUAAAAAGAAGCGUAACCCAAGAAAGGUACGAUGGACCAAGGCUUUUCGAAAAUCAACUGGCAAAGAACUGGCUGUGGAUAAUUCAUUUGAGUUUGAGAAAAGGAGAAAUGUACCUGUGAAGUAUGAUCGUGAAUUAUGGAAGAAGACAAUUAAAGCAAUGGCCCGCGUUGAAGAGAUUAAGAAGAGGAGACAGGACCAACACAUCAUCAACAGACUCAAAAAAGGAAAGGAACUACGGAAGGAGAGAGAUAUCAAGGAAGUCAAGAAAAACAUUCAUAUUAUCAAACCUCCAGCAUCCAAACUCAAGGAUUCAGAGAAACUUGUGCAAGUGGUGGCUGAGGACGAUGUGGAGAUGAAGGAGGAAGCAGAAUGAAUGUAACAGCCAAUUAGUAAACAGAUGGAACAAGAACAUUGAAUAGAAUGGAUGUAUAUAAUAUUUAUCAUCCACAUAUUUUAUGUUGACAACUCGAUACCAUACAAAUGAAAUACUGUACCAACUAGUUCAUGAUUCUAAUGAUCCAGUAAAAAUAGUUUAAUACUUUAUAAAAAAGUUUUAUUUUUCUCUAUAAUGCAGUAAAGUGGAAUUUCAGCCUUACCAUUAGCAGACUAAACAUCAACUUGUACACAAAUUUUGGGUUUACUGAUAGUGUGUUUGUAUAUGGAUACAAAUAUAGUACUAAUACAAAAUGUGCUUAUAAUGUGUUACCAACCAGUAAUAGUAUGUCAUUAUAUCAUGUCUGUUCUAAAUUCAGUAUUCAAAGAGUUUUCGCCAAAUUUUGGUGAGGCCUACAAAAGGGGGUUGGCGCACCCUCAAAAAUUGUUGGGUGGGCUGUGCCACUGCUAAUGCCUUGCUGUCUAUUUCACUUGUGUCCCAGGCAAAUCAGGUGCAGUUUUGUCUGCACCCACAAGUGGGUAGGUUCAAACAUUAGCAUUUCUUUAAAAUUUACAGUAUUUAAAAUAAUCUUUAAAAUUACUAAGCUUCAUAAAUCAUACCUUUAUUUAAAUAAGAUAUAAAGGAAUGAAUACAGUGUAGUAUAUCAUUAUUAAACCAAAAUAAAUAACUAAACUUCUAUUUGAUAUGAAUUUUUCAUUAAAUUUUGUGUGUAAAAAUAUCCUGCAUAGUACCAUCAUCAAUACUGUUGAUAUAUCAUAAUCUCUGCAUUAUCUUUAAAAGUUGUACAGUAAAUUACAUUUUUUUGCUUUUCAUCUUUUUAUCCAUUAAAUUUUCACCACUUUAGUCACA